UUCGCCUCCCCUCGGUCUGCCCGCUGUCGCUCUUCCCCUCCUAUGAGUCCUCUCCGACUCCUUCUUUCGCAUCCCCUCUGUUCCCAAGAAGACGGUCUCCGUGCUUUCUCUUGUCUCUCAUGGCGUGCUAUCUCUUCCCGGCCGCCAUCGUCGCUCCCCGGAGCUCCCCUCUCCCCCGCUUCGCCCACCACCGAAUCCGAGCUCAGAAACCCUCGAUCUCCAACCCGAAGAGACUCUCCUCGGUAGUGUCGAGCGGAAGAUUCGGCUGGGACGACGUUCUUCGAGUCGGCGAGGGCAAUCAAGAAGACGACGACCCUUCGGAUCUCCGAGGCUACUUCGAGAAAGUUCGGGCAUGCAAUCGUGGAUCCGAAAAGCAAUCGGAGUUUGUCCCCUUCGUGGUCGAGGAUCAGAUUGUUGGAUACAUACAUAGGGGUUUCAUUGAGCAUCUAAGAAAGUUUCAAGAUGUUUUCACUAUUGUGUCGGGCAACAAUGGCUGUUAUAUUGGUGACCGUGUCACUCUUCAUUCAUCACUUAAGAAGCCAGAGGACAAAACAAGAGCAGUUGGAGAUGCCAUCACUUGUCUAGGGAAACUGAUUCCAGGUAUACGCAAUGAGCUGUACCCUGUGACAUCAUCAUUUGGGAUGCCUGUAUUCUUCUCUCUUGAACGUGCAGCUGCUCCUUACUUUGGUAUAAAGGCUUAUGGUGUUCAUAUGAAUGGCUAUGUUGAGAGGGAUGGGCAGCAAUUUCUCUGGAUAGGGAAGAGAAGUGAUAUGAAGCCAACCUUCCCUGGGAUGCUUGAUCAUCUGGUUGCUGGGGGCCUGCCACAUGGGAUCACCUGUAAAGAGAAUCUUAUGAAGGAAUGUGAAGAGGAAGCAGGGAUUCCAAGAUCCAUUUCCAAUAAUGCCAUCUCAGUUGGAGCAAUCUCUUACGUUGACAUUGACGAGUACAAGUACAAAAGGGAUGUUCUUUUCUGCUAUGAUCUAAAACUCCCUGCAGGAUUUGUUCCCAAGAAUGAAGAUGGAGAAGUAGAUAGCUUCAGAUUAGUUCCUGCAGCUCAUGUUGCAAAUAUUAUUCAGAGGGCUGAAUUCUUCAAGCCGAAUUGUUCCAUUGUAAUUAUUGAUUUUCUCUUUCGUCAUGGGUACAUUUCUCCCGAUGAUCAUGGUUAUUUAGAGCUGCUGCAGAGUUUAAGGAGUGGUGAUUGCUCCUGAUCCAUUUGUUUUGUUCUUAGAAUCUGCCAUGUUUCAAUCUAUCACUUGGUGGUGGUUGUUUGAUUGUGUGUUUAUAUGUCAUUCAAAAAAAGAUUGCGCGCACAAUCAUAAAGUCAUAGGGAAAUCUGUAGUCCUUGAAUCAGUGAUCACCAGCAAAAAAUAGAGUUAUACCUUCCUGAUCAGAUAUUUGAAUAACUACCUUGAGCAUAUGUGGUUGCUAAUUUUUAGAAUGCUUAUAUUCUUUUGUUUGAA